UGUCUUGGGGCUUAGUAGUUUAUUUAAAAAUCGAGGAAAACAACUACAAAAACACAAUUGAGAAAUAGAAAAUAUUACAGUAAAGAAGAGUCAUGGCAGAAAUCUACAGGCUUUUGUAUCUUGCCAUAAUUACGAUAGUGUUUAAUAAUGUAAUCGCAGUUGAUUACUGCAACUUGGGAUCAUGUAAUCAACGUGGUUCUCAUACUAUGUGUAAAUAUUCCUCACCAUUCCCAGCAAAUACAUGCGCACAAUGGAGUAAUAAUGGUCUUAGUGAUGCUGAGAGAAAUAAGAUAGUGAAUAAACACAACGAACUGAGACGGAAAGUUGCGUCAGGCCAGGAAAAGAGAGGAAAUCCAGGUCCACAACCUGCGGCGGUUACCAUGCCAGAUUUGACCUGGGAUAAAGAACUAGAAAUGAUUGCGCAAAGAUGGGCUAAUCAAUGUAACUUCAAUCACGAUGCGUGCAGAAAUGUAGAAAAAUAUGCAGUUGGUCAGAAUAUUGCUCAGACAUUCUCUUCGGGUGAAAACACAUCUACUUUGGAAAGUAUGAUUCAAAUGUGGUAUGAUGAAGUAGAUAAAUUUGAUAGGAAUAAAGUUGAUAAGUAUGCAUUUGAUCCGAAUACCGGCCAUUACACUCAAAUAGUUUGGGCUAAUACAAGAACAAUUGGUUGCGGACGAAUAAAGUAUAAAUCAAAUGGCUGGAAUACGCAUUACCUAGUUUGCAAUUAUGGUCCAAGUGGAAAUUGGAUAGGUCAGAGAAUAUAUCAAAGAAAAAUAUCAAAUAAAGAAAGAAUAAUGACAGGAAUCUACAAUUCUCUGUGUCUUAUUAUAAUCGCGGUGUUUACUAUCGUAACCGCGGAAGAUUACUGCAGCUUGAAAUCAUGUACAGAACGUAAUACUGUACACACGAUGUGCCAAUACACUUCAUCAACACCAGCAAAAGAAUGUGGACAAUCAUGGAGUGAUUACGGUCUUAGUAACGAUGAGAAAAACAAUAUAGUGAAUAAACACAACGAACUGAGACAAAAAGUCGCAUCGGGUCAGGAAAAGAGAGGAGAUCCAGGUCCACAGCCUAAAGCAAUUAAAAUGCCAGAUUUGACUUGGGACAAUGAACUAGAAAAGAUUGCGCAAAGAUGGGCCAUUCAAUGUAAUUUUAAUCAUGACAAAUGCAGAAAUACAAAUGAUUCGAUAGUUGGUCAGAAUAUUGCUGAAACAUAUUCUUCGGACGAAAAUAAAUCGUCUGUGGAAAGUAUGGUCGAAAUGUGGUAUAAUGAAGUAGAAAAAUUUGAUAGGAAUAAAGUUAAUAAAUAUACAUUUGAUACAGCAACAGGCCACUAUACCCAGGUAGUCUGGGCUAACACGGAAAAAAUCGGUUGUGGACGGAUAAAAUAUGAAACUUCAGAUGGUUGGCAUACGCAUUAUUUAGUUUGUAACUAUGGUCCAAGUGGAAAUUGGCAAGGACAACAAGUAUAUGAAACUCAAAAUUAAAUCUAAUUUAUAGAUUAAAGAUGUAGCAGAAAAAAAAACAAAAAAAAAGAAAAUAAGCAAUAAGAAGUUGAUAGACCUUGUGUAAUAAAAAUAGAUAGCUGCAAUUAUCACAGUGAUUUAAUAAACAGCAAAAUAAUAUA